UAGUUUUUGAUUAAUUGAAAUAAUUUUCCCAGCCUAAUUCUCUACUUCUUUUCAUUUUUUACUUUUAUUUCUCUAUGGUUUUACAUCAUCAACACAACACUUGAUUUGCCCAUUUUUCUUUCAAACUAGCACAAUGUUGGUUAGCCAAGUGGGUUUUUUAGUCGGCUUGAUGAAUCUAUAUAGCCAAGAGCUUCUCAACUUCUUCUUUAAUCAUGACAGUGACUUUAGCAUGGAAGGCUUAAAUCAUGUCAAGCGGUGAUGACAAAUCAACCACUAGAAGCCACCAUGUGGAUGAAUCCUUCAUGCUCAAAGCAAUGCAACAAAAAUUUCAGAGGCUGAACAUCAUGUUUGGUGAGAUUAAAGACAAAAUGGAGAAGCAAGAUGCAACGAUAGCCAAGUUAUAUCAAACACAUAAUGGAAGUCCGAAUUUGCGUAGGAAUGAUGCUAAUGAUGAUUUCGAUGACGAUUAUAAAGAUGCAUUCAACAAUGACGCCCGGAACUCAAAUUUCAGCAUGGACAGAAUUAUGAGAGGUAGAGGGGGCCAAAGAGAGCAAAAUCUGACAAGGUGGGGAGAUUGGCAAGAUCGUGACUUAGGUAGCAUCAAGAUGAAGAUUCCUCCAUUUCAAGGCAAGAAUGAUCUAGAUGUGUGUUUGGAGUGGGAAAAGAAGGUGGAAUUAGUGUUUGAUUGCCAUAGCUAUUCUGAGGAGAAAAAGAUGAAACUAGCAACGGUGGAAUUUACUGAUUAUGCUGUGGGCCUUACACAAAGGUCCAAAAGUGUUGAGGAUUAUCACAAAGAGAUGGAAAUCGCAAUGGUUAGAGCAAAUGUGGAAGAGGACAGAGAAGCAACUAUGGCACGGGGGCAUGUUGCAUUGCAAUGUCCUAAUAAGCACACGAUGAUCUUGAGAGAAGAUGGAGAAAUUAAAACCGAGGGUGAAUCUGAUGAUGAAUCUAUGCCACCAUUAGAAGAUGCUAAUAAUGGUGUGGAAUAUGCUGUUGAUGGAGAACUGCUCGUCAUCAGGCGAGUUUUGAAUGUGCAAGCCAAAGAAGAUGAUGAAGUACAACGUGACAAUAUAUUUCACACGAGGUGCCAUGUCAAAAACAAGGACUUCAAGGACGUGUUUCCAAAAGACAUCCUUAACUAUUUACCACCAAUAAGAGGAAUUGAGCAUCAGAUUGACUUCAUUCCAGGUGCAAUAAUUCCAAACCGACCAGCAUAUCGAAGCAACCCCAAUGAGACGAAAGAACUUCAAAAGCAGGUUGAAGAACUCAUGAAGAAGGGGCAUGUGAGAGAAAGCAUGAGUCCAUAUGCAGUUCCAGUGCUACUUGUGCCUAAGAAGGAUGGGACUUGGCGUAUGUGCGUUGAUUGUCGCGCUAUCAACAAAAUCACUGUAAAGUAUCGUCACCCUAUUCCUAGAUUAGAUGACAUGUUAGAUGAACUGCAUGCUGAUGGAAUUGCAGUAGAGGAAGAAAAGAUUAAGGCUAUUAAAGAAUGGCCAACACUUAAGAAUAUUUCUGAGGUGCGAAGUUUUCAUGGUUUGGCAAGUUUCUGCCGGAGAUUCAUCAAGAACUUCAGCACAACUGCAGCUCCAUUGAUUGAAAUCGUGAAAAAAAGUGUUAGAUUUAAGUGGGAAAGUGAACAGGAGAAUGCUUUCAAUUUGAUUAAGGAGAAGUUAAUUUCUGCACCAUUACUUGCUUUACCUGAUUUUACUAAAACUUUCGAAAUUGAAUGUGAUGCAUCAGUACUUAACUAUCCUACAUAUGACAAAGAGAUGUAUGCAUUGCACCUCAAGGGACAAGGUAAGUUGAAUAGACGACAUGCUAAGUGGGUGGAAUUCCUUGAGACAUUUCCCUAUAUGUUCAAGUACAUGCAAGGAAAAGAAAACAUUGUGGCUGAUUCAUUAUCUCGUAGGUUCUCGAAGAUGGCACACUUCAUUCCAUGUCAUAAAACUGAUGAUGCAACUAAUAUUGUUGAUCUGUACUUCAAGGAGGUUGUUCGUUUACAUGGUGUUCCAAGGACUAUUGUUUCUGAUCGCGAUGUUAAGUUCUUGAGUUACUUUUGGAAGACCUCAUGGGGAAAGUUGGGAACUAAGCUAUUGUUUUCGACUACUUGUUAUCCACAAACUGAUGGACAAACGGAAGUUGUUAAUAGGACGUUGUCAGCCUUAUUGCGUUCUAUUAUUCAAAAAAACUUGAAGAAUUGGGAAGCAUGUUUGCCGCAUGUUGAAUUUGCUUAUAAUCGGAGCGUCCAUUCAGCAACUAAUUGUUCACCAUUUGAAGUUGUGUAUGGUUUCAAUCCACUCACCCCUUUGGAUUUAUUGCCAUUACCCAUUGAUGAACGAGCUAGUUUGGAUGGGAAAAAGAAAGCUGAAGUGGUUAAGCAACUAUAUGAGAGGCCAAAAGGCGAUGGACCAUUUCAAGUGACUGCAAGGAUAAACAACAACGCAUACAAGUUGGAACUUCCUGGUGACGAUUUGAGGACAAAUCCUUUUGAGGAGAGAGGGAAUGAUGGGAAUCAAGAUGACCCCACAUGUACCAUGUCACGAGAUCCAUUACACAUUCUAGGAGGUCUAGCCACGAGAGCUAAAGCUAGGAAGAUGCAAGAAGCUUUAAAUAGCCUUAUUGAGCAGAUCUGGGUUGAUAACAACAUGCAAGAAGUAAAUCAAAGCUUGGAUGAUUAUCAAGGCGUGAUAAACAUCAUUUAGGUUCAAGAGAAGCUUAAUUGAGGUCAUUGAUGCCAAAUUACACAGUUUGCGUCAAUCUCGCAAUUCUGUCACAAUUUGUAACAAACUGAUAUUUCAUGU